AUGCCCCAGGAAAAGCUAGGGAUGAGCACCUCCCUGAGCUACAAGUCGUUCUCCAAAGAUCAGCAGACUAUGGAUAACCUGGAGAAACAGCUGAUCUGCCCCAUCUGUUUGGAGAUGUUCACCAAGCCAGUGGUCAUCCUGCCCUGCCAGCACAACCUCUGUCGGAAGUGUGCCAGUGACAUCUUCCAGGCCUCCAACCCCUACCUGCCGACCCGGGGCGGUACAACUGUGGCGUCGGGAGGCCGCUUCCGCUGUCCCUCCUGCAGGCACGAGGUGGUCCUGGACCGGCACGGGGUCUACGGGCUGCAGAGGAACCUGCUGGUGGAGAACAUCAUCGACAUCUACAAGCAGGAGUCCACAAGACCUGACAGGAAGUGUGACCAGCCAAUGUGCGAAGAGCACGAAGAUGAGAGAAUUAAUAUUUAUUGUUUGAACUGUGAAAUGCCCACCUGUUCCUUGUGCAAAAUCUUUGGUGCCCACAAAGACUGUCAGGUUGCUCCUCUCACAAAAGUUUACCAGCAACAGAAGUCUGAGCUGAGUGAUGGCAUUGCAGUCCUGGUGGGGAGCAAUGACAGAAUGCAAGGGAUUGUCACGCAGCUGGAGGAGACCUGCAAGACGGUUGAGGAAUGCUGCAGACGACAGAAAGAACAGUUGUGUGAAAAAUUUGAUUAUCUCUAUUCUGUACUGGAAGAAAGAAAAAAUGAGAUGACACAAAUAAUCACUAGAACCCAAGAGGAGAAACUGGAACAUGUCCGCUCCCUGAUGAAGAAGUAUGCGGAUCACUUGGAGGCUGUGUCAAAACUGGUUGAAUCAGGAAUCCAGUUCAUGGAAGAACCAGAAAUGGCCGUGUUUUUGCAGAAUGCCAAAACAUUGCUACAAAAAAUUACUGAAGCUUCUAAAGGAUUUCAAAUGGAAAAAAUAGAGGAUGGGUAUGAAAAUAUGAGCCAAUUCACAGUGAACCUUAGUAGAGAAGAAAAAAUAAUACGAGAAAUUGAUUUUGACAGAGAGGAGGAGGGAGAGGAAGAGGAGGAGACAGAGGAUGGCGAAGGCUUGGGGGAAGUCCACACAGAAUCAUCAGGAGAGGAGGAAGAGGAGGAAGAGGUGGAAGAGGAAGGGGCAGAGAGAGCACCACAGGCACCUCAGCAGGACCCUGAAGCACAGAGUGCAGGGGCAGAGCCCCUGGCCGAACCCACUGCAGCGGCAGUGCUGGCUGCCCCAGCUGGUCAGGAUGUUGUUGUGACACCAAGUGGUUCUCAGCAGACCCCCGAGUCUGACACUCAAGUGCCGGCCACAGCAGAAACCACCGACCCCUUGUUUUACCCUAGCUGGUAUAAGUCCCAGUCACGGCAGCCAAGCAGUCCAAGCUCAACCCCGGUGAGUGGGCUGGGGAAAGUAGGGACUCCUGUUGCUCUGGAAACAAGUGCCAAGAAGGCAGAAGCCCCGACAGCAGCAACAAUCGAGGAGAGUGCACCAGGGAGUGGUAAGGAAAGUAAUGCCACUGCAGCCAUGUCCAAGGUCAGUGCUCCCGGAGUCACCCCACGCGGCUGGGACGUGCAGCAAGGCGGGGACAGCAGUUGUUAA